AUGUCCAAAGGCGAAUUCUUAGAAGCUCGACAGCUGACCGUCGAUAUUGGGGAAAUGGAAGAUGUCAUCACGGUCCGAAGUGUUGAAGGACUGAUUCAAUGGCUUCACCUUCGUGUCGUUAAUUUCGGCAUAGACUCGGAGGACCUGGGAGAGCAUAUAUCAGCUGCUAUAGAGCUCGCGAAGCUCGCCGACAAAUAUAACAUAGCUGGGCUGGAAGCCGUAAUGGCUCAACAUAUCAAAAAUAUAAUUAUAGCCAAUCCUGGUUCCAAAGCGAAAUCCCCUGUGCAAAGCUUCCGAUACGGAGACGCAAACGCUCACUGGCUGACGUUUGAUCAUAUUGUCUCAGCAGCAGUCUUGCCACGAGAGCAUCCAGUACGGCGACUUAUAGCAGCUGCCUCUGUGAGUGGCUACCUGCAGAGUGUAGAAUAUAAAUUAUUCGCUGAAGAGACUCAAAACUGUCCUUCAUUUGGGGCUGACCUCCUUCGAGAGGUAAGAUUGACGUUGAAUGGGACAUUCUUUACUCGAGAUUCUACUGCCAUCUACUAUAAUGACCCCAUCAGUGGAACAAAGAUUAUAUCUAGAGGAUUCUGA